GGUCCGGUGUUUGGUGACCCGCCUGUGCAGGAAGAUCGAUCCACAGAUGGUUUUGACGUACGACAAAGUUUUGAGGAGAUGGAACCCUGGUGCUCAGAAGGCAUCGGGUACCCAGACGUGACUGGUGAUCAGCAUAGCCAAGCAAAUGCUUUGGAAUGCAAAAACUCAGCUGGUCCAGACAAAGAGAUUUGGGCGUUCAGGGUGUGUAUUGUAAAAUCCGGGCCAACCUAAAGUUUAGGCUAGAGUUUGACGUCUCGCAAUGAGGUUACUUAGAAGCCAAAGAGAGGUGGAAGGGCCUCUUGACUAACGCCACAGGCCUGUGGCAGUUCCUCCAUCCUUGGAUUGCAGGAGGACUGAUUGUCUUACUCGGAGAAUUUAGUCGAUUCCGCUAUAAUGAGGUUGAUAGCAGAGUCUCUCGAGGGGUCAUGUUUGUCGACAUAACUGGAAUGCUCACGAUGUUAGUCGCAGGUCUGGGGGUCUUUGGUGCCUACAAGGAGAAGAAAUGGCCACUAAUCGCGUUUUUCCUUGUGAUGACUGCAGUGGUGGUGGUGUUUUUGUGGGCCGGUAUCUCCUUAGUUCCCUUCUCGUCACAGGUGAAGGACAGGCUACAGGUUUACUUCAGAAGCAUCACGCCGUUGGAUAAGGCCAGUUCCGAGAUUACAACGGUUGCAAACAAGUUUCAGUACUUGCUCCAUUGCUGCGGAGUCUACAAUGGCUACCAGGACUGGGGGGGAAAAAUUCCUCUGACCUGCCACUGUUCUGCAGCUUACCAGAACACCCCAAAAUGCAGGACGGUAUCCAUAUCAUAUGAGGGUUUCUGGGUUAGACGUGCUGAAGACUCAGAGCUGCAGGUGUACUCAGAGCCUUGUGCUCCAAUCAUACUUAAAUACCUUGAUAAAGUAUUUGCUGUUUUCACUGGAGCCAUUUUUUGCGUGGUUGCCGUUGCGGCUAUUGGGAUGAUCAUGUCCAUGACACUGUGCUGCAGGAUCAGAAAAAGGAGCAUAGAACUAGGUUCUGCGUCCUCCUCGGACUCCAGGAAGUCUGAAGUGCCCCUGUACAUCGAAGCUUUUCCACUAACUCAUGUAAAUGUUCCCCAGGAGUAUUGAUGUCCAAAUCUUACUGCAGUCCUGUAACCAAAACUAUUCAUUACAUUCAGUCCUGGAUGAUGUGCCUUCUACCCUAAUUGACUUCAUAAUUUGUGCCAAUGUAACAAUUGGUACCACUAUAUCUACUGUAUAAAUGCUCCUCAACUAACGACGAGGUUAUGUUCUGAUAAACCCAUCAUAAGUGGAAAAGUCGUAAAUCGAAAAAGAAUACGAUACCACACCUACCGAAUACCGUAGCCUAGCCUACCUUAAAUGUGCUCAGAACACGUACCAUAGACUACUGCAGGGCAAAUUUAAGCAGGAGACGCAUGAUGGGAUGCAAAAACACAAAAUAAAAAAAAAUGCUU